AUGAACAAACGAUUGCUUUCAAUUCUACUCAAAAGUUCUGUAGUGCAAUGGGCAUUGUGUUUAACAACAGCUGAGAGAGAGUCCUUGUAUGACACUUGUUUUUUUUGUCGUGGAGAGCAAUCUGAUAGAAUAGUAAAUAGUGACGAUCUGGUGCAUUCCAUGGAAGCUCUUUUUCAAGCCAUUCGAUGCUCUUCAAGUCCUGCUGUCAGAAGGCUUCUUUCUGCAACAUUGGCUCAUUUCCUAAAAGUGUAUUCAGUCACUAGUUUACUGAUACACGUACAGUCUGAUACGACCAUUACAAACACUGCAACAGUUCGAUGGCUGCAAGUGCGUCGAGUGCUUUCAACGAUCCCAGAACUUCCAGAUAUCAAUGAUUCUCAACUUGACUCAUCUCGAUAUUGUACACGAAUCGGAAAUCAGCUUAUCGAAGCAUUCGAGUCCCUGUGUUUAUCAGAUUCAGCUAGUGACUGGACAACUGAAAGCAUUGCAACUCUUGUGGGGGAUUUGAUCAAUCGUGGACAUGCAGAUGCUAUAACACAUGCCUUUGCACGAGCCUUGAUGAGCAGCAAUCGAAAUAUGUUGGCAUACAAGAAUCUGUAUAAGCUUUGUGAAUACAUGUCUCGCAACCAACAAAAUACAUACCUGCUGCACUUUUUAGAACAUGUUCAGCAAUUAAACCUAGAUUUCGAUACAUCUCUGAUCUUUUUACAGACUAUUUGUGGCACUGGUGCAUCACUGGGUCGCUUUGCUUGUUGGGUUGUUCAGCAGCAAAAAUUAGCCAUGGAAAUGAUGGAUAUAGUACUGUGGUCAGUAUUUUGUAAUUCAGGAAAAACUGAGAUUGGGUUGGUUUUGUCAGCACUAUCGAUGAUAUGGUCUUCGCGAGAUUUUAUUGUAAACGGCGAUUAUGAAUUUCAAAAAAACAUGUUUAUCACUCUUGUUUUGGCAUGUCACUACUGUCGUGCCGACAUGAUUCACGAAAGUGAGCCGAUAAAAAUCAUAUUCCAUGCUGUUUCAACGUACCUUGAACUAGCCAAUAGCAAGACGCGAACACUUGGUUUGCGUCUUGCAGAAAUACUUUCCACUAGGCUGUAUCCAGAAAUUGCCUUGCAUUUAGAUAUUCCACCAUCGGAUGAUUUAAAAGCACUGGAAUCUUGCAUUCAUUUGGAGAAUUUGGGUCAAGCUGCGCGUCCUGUUUUUCAAAUCAACGAAACUGAACCAGCACCAUUUGAUAAUCCCGAUAGCACUGCAUCGAUUCCAGUUGUGUCGUUACUUACCCGGUCACUAUUUGAUGACGAUUCAUCUGAUAGCGAAGAUGACAACCAAGGGGAUGAAGCACCUGAAUCAAAACAAUUGGAUCAAGUGCCUACUAUAAAGGAAAAUCGCCAAGGAACCAAAGGAUUUUUGGCAGACUAUCUGGCAGCACUCAAGUCAAAAGAUGAUCCUGAUCGUUUUGAAGAAUGUUUGCUAGCGCUAGCAAAAAUGCUUAUUACCAUUUCAACACUUGAACUUGAGGAAAAUCACGAGACUGUAUGCAGUGUACUGGUUUCCAUUGAGGAUAGGUUUGAUACAGAUGGAUUUGAUGUAUAUCGAGUCAAUGCUUGGACGGCCAUGAGUCUUCGUUUUCCAAAAAAAACUGCCGAAUUUGCCGCACGAGUUUUGUUUGAUAAACAGUAUACCAUGUUUACGAAAUUUUGGAUACUUCAGUCAUGGAAUACACUGAUUCUUGGUGGACACACACUUAUGCGUGACACUGGAGCGAUUCCUUCUAGUACAGCCGUGAUAUUUCAACUGGCAUUAAAGCUGUAUGGAGAUGUGACACCAACGUACUUGCUUUCUCAAACAUGCAUGUCAGCUCUGUUUGCACAUUUGCAGUUUCAAAGAAACUGGCAGCAGCUGUUUACGCGAGAUGAAUACUAUAUGUUUGCAUGCGAGGUACUCAAAACAUGUAGAUUGCUGAUGCUUUCGACAGAAUUGUUUGAAGAGCUUGGUUACUUUUUAAAUGCCUUUGAGCGCGAAGAAAGACGUUUGAUGUUUAUCAAGCCCAUUUCAGACUUGACACGAAUCUAUGAAGCAGGAGCAGUUUGA